CGGCGCAGUAUUUCUUACUUGUUGUCCUGAAGUGCUGAAGUGGGUUAAGCUUUUGCAGAAGUCGUGUCGAGGGGUCAGGCAGUUUUCAACUUUUCAAAGUUUUUUCGGUUGAACCGAGUUAUUCCCAAUAGUAAGUUAUCGCAGCUUCCCCUAAUUUCGGGCCUAAAGGUAUAGUUGUAUGAGGAACGGAGGCUUUGAAAGCCAGCGUAUCGGAUGAAUUAGCCCAUGCGUGCAGGUGAGAUAAAAUCAUCCAUAUUGAGAAACAACUAGUCACAUGUGAAUGAUAAAGUCUUUUUAACUCUAUUAAAUUUGUUAUAUCUUGAGACCACUGCACCUCCAAAGCCGCUAAAUAGCCCGCUUAGUUACUCAGACAGUAGCUACAUGUAUUUGUGAAAAACUUGAAGCUGUAAUAAUCUUGUCGCAACGGUUCGCAAUUAUCGGUUCGUUAGCAGGACUUGUUUUACACCGCUACAAUACCUCCAGCAAUGCUUCUCUACGUGCUGAAACUUGUUUCGAGGGCGACUUUUGGCUUUAUUAAACGUUCCAACUGUUAUUUAAUUUUAUUGAAUUCUUUCUUUUUUUGUACUGUUAAUCCUAUCGUGACUCGCUUGGUCAAGCGUGUACAUGUCGCUGUUAAAAAAACAUCCGCAUUCUUGCAGAAUGUCGGUGAUAUAUCGAGGGAAACGCUUCGCCACUUUCUCAAAUUACUCUGAAAACAAAAGGAAAACAAUUGAACUCUUGUCUAUUUUCAUAAUUUGUAGCUGGAUUUAAUGAAGACGUGAUAAUUUCAAUACAAGAGUCUCAUUUGUUGAUACAGUACUAAUCCUGUUCAGUGAAGUACUAAUUGAGAAGGAGCUGGUAAGCUGUGGUUGUUGUCAGGAGAGGGUUAUCUUUUUCCAGCACAGGGAUUCCACUUUGAAAACGAGUCUUAAUUUUUUUUAAAAGGUUAGCUCAUUGCAUCUGGUGUCAAUUUUACAAAGUGUUGAGCUAUUUUUGAAGACAAUGAACAUUUUCCUAAAGCUAGGACUUUGUCCUGGUUACAUGUCUACAUCACAUUCAUUCCCACUAGCUGUCACAUGCAAAUGUAAAGGUCAAAUGAGUGUUAAAUGUUACAGGAGGUGGUUCAGACAAAAGAAGUGAUUAUUAUGUAAUUGUUGUGACUUUAACCCUCUGGUUGUGAUCAUAAUAGGAAAAGAGACUGCCUACACUGUAUUAUUUCACAUAAGCCUAUUUUCAGCACUCUCUUAAGAAAAUUUAAUUUUUUUGAUGAUAUAGAAAAUAAUUUGUUGAAAACUGUACGUUAUUUUCACUGAUUAAGUAAUUGUUGUGGUCUUCACUGGUGUCCUGUUGUUAGCAGCACAUGUUAGCUACAUGCUAUUGCUUUCUUUACCAAGACAUUAUUGUCUGUGUGGCUUUCAGUCUCUGUCUUCAAUUUCUCAUGUAACUUGAAUAGUUUUAUAUUUUAGUUUAAGAAUAGGCAUUUUCUUACCAACCAUUUAGAACUACUUCAUUUAAAGGCUGCCUUGAGAUUAUUUAUCUUUUUAAUCUGGUCCUGUAUCAGAUUGAUAGCAUUUUUGCAUGAGACUCUUAAAUAUUGUGCCCUAAAUUGUGGACUGAUGAGUGAUAUAAACAUGUAUAUAGUCAUCUAGCUAUAUAAGAUACUGUAUUAUGUAAUCUUUAAUUCAGAGCAGGAAAAAGUUUUUAUUUAGUAGUGAUUGUGUUUUACAAUCAAUUUUUAUUGUAUCAGAGCUCAAAGCCUAAAGCCCCUGCUCUUUUCAUCUCAAGAUUCAGUUUGUGAGGACAAGAAAAAACACAUUUUAAAACCAGACGCAGAACUUUCCUGGUUAUUAGAACCUCUGCCCCACUCUCAGUUGGAUACCACAUUUCAACUAGACAUUGUGUUUAUAAACACUCAAUUUUCACCCUCAAUACCGGUUUAUAUGAUUCUGGUGUUAUAAAUUGUUUGCAGUGUCUGGAGGGAGUAUUAUCAGAGGAGAGGUUGUGCUGUGAAUAAGUCUGAGCUGGUGCCAAACACUUUGAAGCCAGAAUGUCAGAAGCAAAGGAUCUGUUGUCUAUAAGUGACUUUUACGCACAGAAAACAGUAUUUAUUACUGGGGCUACUGGAUUUCUUGGUAAAGUUGUGAUAGAAAAACUUUUAAGGGCAUGUCCUCAUGUGAAAAAGAUUUAUCUUCUGGCAAGAAGCCGACGUGGUGUUAGCCCCCAACAGAGAAUUGAUGACUUGUUAGAUGGAAUGGUAGGUUUUUCUUAUGACUCUUCUUUUUUUUUUUACUAUAUUUCUGAUGUCAUUAACUUUAAAGUUGAUUCUCAUAAGAGAUUCAGUUCAGAGCUAUCAUCAAAAGUUAAAUGCUGAUAAACUUUUAUGGAAAAACUGCUCACUCUUUUCACCACUUGAGACACUUUUGCUCACCCCACAGUUAUAUUGUAAUUGCGAUUUACAGUACUUAUCAUUUUCAGAUGCUGCAAUGGCUUUUCCUAAUUAUGGCUGUUUUUUUUAUCUCAUUUUAUGGAUAGAAACUGUGAUUUAAUUAGCUCUGUAACUAUUAUGUAACUAUGCAUCUGUUAUGCAGAGAUGAAGUUCUGUUGAAAGAGGAUAGUAAAUAGAUAAAAGAGAGGAUUUUCUACUUUGAGGCCAUUAGUUUAAGCUGGGAAAUUCUUGAUAUUUGCGUGAUAAUCCUCAAAUAUCCUGAAGCCAAAAAACACCUGGUUAUGUAACUAUCAAUUGUUACAAUUCUGUAUUGAUAUAAGCGGUAUGUUUAAUUAGAGUAAACAUUUUUAGUUAGGUCAAUAACAAAUUGUAAAUUUAUAUCUCCUUUAUAGCUCUAUGACAGAGUAAGAGACAUGGGUGGUGACUGGAGAAGCAAACUUGUACCCAUCAAGGGGGACAUUGCUGAAGAUAAACUUGGAAUGUCAGAUGAGGAUUGGAGAACACUUCAAGAAAAUGUUGAAAUUGUAUUCCACUCUGCGGCAACAGUCAGAUUUGAUGAAGAUCUAAAGUAAGCAUCAGGAAUUGAAUUUAGUUACCGAAACAACCAAGCCAAGCUCACAUUUUUCAUUUUCAUCUUAUUUUUAUUCCAGUUAUAUUACUUAAACAUGCUGCAUUGUUAAGAACUCGAAUUUAAUCCCCUUUUCAAUUUGGCAUGUCUGUAUAUAAGUGUCCCUGAUAUCUUUCCAUAGGGAUGCAAUGACUUUGAAUUUAUAUGGAACUCAAAAUGUCAUUGGGUUGUGCCGUGGGAUGAAACGUCUUGAGGUGAGAAUUUUUAGAUUUUUCAGGUGGGCAGUGUUCUUCAGAAUUGAUAGCAUGGAAAAUCAAAGCAAGGAAACUAGAAUGAGACUAAAUUCUCAAAUGUUAGCUUACAGUCAAAACAAUAAAAAAAAGUAGCUAAUGUUUCUUUUUUUUCUUUCUUUUUUGCUUUUUUAGAAUGCACAAUAUUUUGCAUCUUUCAGUAAUGUGUGUGGGUUAUUUUGUCUGAUCCAAACCUGGGGGUUUUAAUUGGAAGAUGAAAAACUUGUUUGAUUAAGAACAAGGCAGCAAAAGAGUUUAAAUGAUUUGAUUUAUAUAGAUAGUAGAGUAAUAUUAUGUGUAUUAGUUCUUUUGAAGACUCCUAUAGCCAUGUUGUUCACAUACUUUUGGCCUAAUAAAUUGACCCUGUUACACCCUUCUCUCCUUACCAAAAGAAUAUUAAAAAGUUUCUCUUUAAAUUUCAGAUUUGCUUAUCAAGAAUCCUGUUAGAACUAACUUCAGAUGAAGUUACAUCAAGCGCAAUUUUAAUCUUUUAUUUAUCUACUAGGGGGGAGGUCUAAUUGUAAAGUUUGCAUCAAUUUGAACUAAUAAUACACAACAUACAUGUAAUACUAUAUACAAAUAUCUCUUAUUUACAUUUUCCAUAAUUUUUUCUUCAGGUCUUGGUUCAUGUAUCCACAGCAUAUGCUAACUGUGACAGGGAAGUCAUUGAUGAAAGGAUAUACCCUCCUUCAGUAGACCCUGACAAGCUUUCCUCAUCUAUUGGGUAACAAAGUGACAAAGAUUUCUAUGUACAUUAUUCAUGUAGCAUAUGAUGUGUAUUCAAAGAUGUUUCCUCCACACAAACACAUGCAUGCUGAACAAAGAUAUUCAUAAUUACCUCUUUAGGUUAUGUUCUUGUGCUAGGCUCUUGCAAAAGUAAUUCUUUGGAUGCAAUCUUUUUUAUUGUGAUCAGCUGGAUGAAUGAUGACAUGGUGAAUUCUCUAACACCACAUUUGAUUGGCAAGCGACCCAACACAUACACUUUCACCAAAAGUCUGGCUGAGCAUGUCUUACUUCAAGAGGCUGACAACAUCCCAAUAGCAAUUUUCAGGCCUUCAAUCAUUGGUGCAGCUUGGAAAGAACCCUUGGAAGUGAGUUGUGUCAUGCUUUUCUGUUAACCACCUAAUAAGAACUUCUGUCAAGUACUUGCACUACAUGCAAGCACACAUUACUUUGUACUGGUCAUUUAAAAGAUUAAUUUGCUGAUAUGUUCUUGCAGACAUUCUGAAACAGGUCAGACAUACCCUCAAUAACUUACUUUAAUGAAUCAAUAAAUAAUUAAAGGAUAUUUUGUAAAUUCAGUUGUUGCAGCAGUGUUUGUGUGUGUCAGAGAUCUGGAAACUGUAUAGAUAGUGUAAUUCCCCUUAUAUUAUAAUGAUUUACAAUUUCUCUAGCAGCAAAAAAUCCCUGCAUUUGAUGGUAAAUUUUUUUUUCAGGGUUGGGUGGACAAUUUCAACGGGCCUAGUGGUCUUUUUGUUGCUGUGAGUUGUUGCUUUUGAUUUCUUUUCCUUCAUUUUAUGUACAAUGUACCCUCUGCUCAUGCUGCUACUCAGUGUGCAAUGCCAUAAAUCUAGAAUUUUAAGGACACAAAGGUCAUACUGUUCUUUCACCCAAAGGCAUGUUUCUGUAUAUCAUAUUUGAAGGGUAUCAAUCUUUUUUUGAACUACAAUCAAAGGGUGCAAACAAUUCAAAUGAUCACUUCCUUAUGUCAGGACAGUGAUAGUUUAUCGUUACAAAAUUUCCUAUCCUCAGACUUAUGUUUCUUUUUUUAUCUUGUAUUUGUAAAAUCAAUCACUAUACAUUUUUAUGUACUUGCAAAGUGAAAAAAUGGAACAUCUCUACAGAUAAUCAACAUAAAUGGUGGCAAGUUUGGUAGUAAUUUUCUCAUCUUUGAAACAUUUAGAUUUUGUUGAACUUGUUGUAGCUGAGUGAAGGACUGGUAAGAUUCCAUGGACAGAGACAAAGGCCUUUUUUUCUUUUUCAGGUAUAGUUGUAAAUAAAAUGUGUUUUACUUGUAGGCUGGAAAAGGAAUGCUGCGGUCAAUGAUCGGAGAUUGGAAUGCCAUUGCAGAUAUUAUUCCUGUUGACUACUCAGCCAAUAUGUUGCUUGCCAUUGCUUGGCACAGAGUUGCAAAAAGGUAGUUGAAUGUCUUAUUUUUGCUGCAUAGGUACAAAGGAAGUGUCGGUAGCUCUAUUUCUAUGUUUCCAAUACAUGUAGAUAAGCAUUCAUGUUCAUACUGUAAUCAUCAUAAUCAUCAUCUUUUAUUUGCCUUAUUUUCACAGUACAAAAUUUAUUUACAGCGUUAAUAGCUAGAAGGCGAGGAGACCCAGGAAGCCACCAGGCUUAUGGGGGAGCCGCCUCACUUGUAAUAAUAAAUCAAGUAAAGAAAAAGUGCUGCGAAUGUGUAGCUGGCCAAUUCAGUGAUUAUAUAAGUAAAAACUCUUGCAUUUUCAUCUUAAAGCUAAGAAGCUUUGAUGAACGAGUGACUGAAACAGGAAGAGAGUUCCAAAUUAAUUAAAGUAAUGAAGGUGUGACAGGAUAGAGGUAUAGAUGACUGAAAUUUUUGAAGAGUCAUGAAGGCCUGAUCAACAGAACUGAUUAACCCAUUUCCAUUAAAGCGCUGGCCCCACAUUUGAUACAAAAAAUUGAGUCAAGCAAAUGAAGGGGUGGUUUUCAAAGAAAUGCAAAGAGUGAAGUCUCGUCUUACUUUUGAGCUACUUUUUUUAGAUUACCAUCUAAAAGGUCAUGAGAAACAGAAACUAGAAAAAUAAAAAAAGAGGUCAUCCAAGUGAUGAGACUAUGAGAGGAAACUUAAAAUGCCUUUUAUUUUCUAAUGAAGGUUACUGUGGCUUUAUUUAGUUAGAAGGGAUAGUCCAGUUUUCCUGGCUCAGGUCUAAAAAUACUGUACAAGGAACAUUUCAUCCAAGCAACUUUGAUUUAGUGACAUGUGCAGGAUGAAGUACCAUAAACUGCCUUUAUCAAUAAAGGGCAAAAUUACUGAGCGCUGAUUGGUUGAGAGAGAGGGCAUUUUUUCUUAAUCGAGGGCAUUUUUAGUAAUCAAGAGAGGGCAUGAUUACCUUGUUCAGUUAAAAGCACUUUGUUGUUUUUCUGUUGGCAGAAACGCUCUGUUGAAAUGAGCUUUGUUUUCUAGACUUUUGGCAGUGUAUCACGACACAGUUUUGGAGAAUAAAAUUUCAUUGAAUCGAUUGGUCAGUUCAAUUUGAUUGAUGAUUUGCCGUAGCGCUAAACAGGCUUCCCAGAUAAAAAUAGACUGCGCACGUGAUUUUCCUUCGUAUAAAUUUUGCCCUUUAUUGAUAAACAAGUAAUCCCAUGAGACCUCGUACUAUUAAGGAUUAAUUGCACUUGAGUUUUCAAAAUUUUCCAAAUUGCCCUCGUCGCUUCACGACACGGGCAAUUUUGGAAAAUUUUGAAAAUUCUCGUGCAAUUAAUCCUUAAUGGUACUUGGCCUCAUGUGAUUACAUAUACUAAAUGCAAUUGUUACUUGCACGGAAUUGUUAUCAGUCUUGUUUCCUUGUAGUCAUUCAAGUAUUCCAGUCUACCAUCUAACUACAGGCACAUUGAAUGGAUGCACUUGGGGCAAUUUGUGUAAGUUUAUUUGAAUCUGUCAAUUGAAUCAUUCUGUAUAUAGCUUGAAAUGUUGUGAAGUAAUUUUCUGUUAAUCUUGUUUUUUCCUGUCUUGAAUUAAAUUACUUAUUUUUAUGGCUUUGCUUUUCAUGACCUGCUCUCUUCUUCUGGCCAUUAUGUACUUAUAAUAAUUAUACAUUAUUUAAAUUGUAUUUACUGACAGGUAUCAUGGUUAGCAAGCAUUUCCAGAAUUAUCCAUUUGAAGGAGUAUUCAGGAGACCAAACUUUGCUUUUGAGCAAAGAAGGUAUCAAGUUGAAAUUUAUCAUUUAGAAAAAAGCCAUUGAUUUACUGUAUAAUUAUUAUUGCAAUCAAUAUUGUCUAGCAUGGUUUGUCAGUCAUUGUAGUCUUGUUUGGACAGAUGAGUGGUUGUAUGACAUUAAUGGAAAGACUUUGACAGACUGAAAGAUUACCUAAUCAAUGAAUAGAUCAUCAGAAUGAUGCAAUACAUUCAUUAAUUGGAAUUUGGGAGAUUGACAGCCUGAUUGAUUGACUGACUAACUUACUGAUUGAUGGAUUGAUUGUUUUGUUAAUUAAUUGAUUAAUUUGUUCAUUCAUGUUAUUUUACAGACUGAUCCACUACUAUUGGUGCUAUAUUGGUCACAAAAUCCCUGCCUUCAUUGCUGACAUGGGAUCCUUUUGUUCUGGGCAAAGACCAAGGUGAGUGAGUUUGAGUGUUUUGCCCAAGUUUUUUACAUGUAUUUGGGCUCAUCAAAGACAAAGGUGCUAUAAUCAAAACUACCUUUGAAGUAAUGUUUCAUCAGUUUUGUGCAUGAAUCUUUUUCUAAGCCAGAAAUUAACGAUUUUUGAAGGUACAGAGAAUAAGGAAGAUGAAUUUUGCCAGACAAGAUGGUUUCAAUGGCUCUUCAGUUAAAAAAAAAAUAAAAAAAAAAAAAAACUACACUAAUGUGAUCUGCUUAUUCAGAGAAUGUUAUGAUAUGUUUUGAUCUUAACAGAAUGAAUAAGUUAUAUGGCAAGCUGGACAGGGCAACCAAGAGCUUGAUCUUCUUCACUUCCAGAGGCUGGGAGGUAGAAUUGGACUUUAUGAUUGUAUUUACAUUUUACAACAUGUUCCUUAAAACUAUGUUGGGAUUGAUAAUGACAAUCGAUGUAAUGUGGACACACGAACGUAUUCUCGUUGAGAUGGGUGAGUUUGGGAGCUGGGGCCUAGAGGGAUGGUGGAGGCAGGCAGCCGUCCUGCAUGAGAAGAACGUAUUCAUGGUACCCUACGAGUGAUAGUCAAAUAUAAAAAUACUUUUACAGUGAAUUAGGCCGUAAAAAAACAAAACCUAACACUUCCUAGACGGAUUAUUAAGAGAAAAACUGCUCAGUAAGUUGCAAAGGUUGUGACCUCUGUCGGAUCACCCUGAGUUGAGUUUACUGAGUCUCCCGCCAAAAGGACAUUUAAACUAGUAAAAUGCUGGUCUGUCGACCGUGAGUGCAAACGAAGUGUAAGCAACUGGAGCAGUACAAAGGAGCUUGUUGAAUUAUAACUUAUGUUUUUUACUUGUAGUUUUCAAUGGACAACUAUCAUGGACUGAUCCAGGAUAUGAGCCCUCAAGACAGAGAGGUUAGUAAACUUGUUCCUUGUGCAAUUUGGUUCGUGUUAUCCAAAAUUUCGGCUGUAAGGCUUAUGAUGUUCAAAUUUAAAGAACUGAAAUAGCCAUGUAACAUUGCAUGGUUAGAGGAAACGACAAAUUAUUUACUGUUUUCAGCCACUUUGUGGGACAUAAACUGUUAUGUAAACUAAAGCCGUAAGGUUUUAUACUUUAAAACAGUUAUCUCUUUAUGCGGUAUCCAUACAUUUUCAAAUUUAACAGUGAACAGGUGGUAAAAAAUGUCAACCAGGGAAUAUUGUUUGAUUUAUCACAGAAUUCUCAUCUUCAAAAUCAUGAUGAGUGUAUGGCAGACAGUGCAGAGAAGUGAUAUUUAGAUCCUGGAAGAAAAAAGGGUUUAGAAGACCAGGCAGACUGGAUAUUUUCUAUUGCUUAUUGUGCUCUGAAUGUUGGCGAGCUUUACUUAUUGCCCUUUUAUAUCACGCAUUUUUGUAAGAUGCAACUUUUGUGUAGCUUAUUUUAACAUUUUCCUUGAUCUAUCUGUGUUCUCAGACCUUCAACUUUGACGUGCAGAAGCUGGAUUGGAACAACUAUUUUUUGCACUUCAUUCUCGGCCUCAAGAAAUUUGUUCUCAAAGAAGAUAUGGCCAAUCUUCCAGUUGCGCAAAGCCGCAUUCGCAGGCAAGACUCUUAACAUGCUAUCAGUGUUUUUUUACUCUUAUAAUAGUUUAUAAAAACAUAUUUCACUUUGAAUUUAUUAGAGUAAGUCGCUGUUGGUUUAUUUAGGUGAGGGUAAAGAGAUUUUAAAUGCGCAAAAUACAGGGUAAGAUGAAUUUUCAAAGUGAUACCAGUUUUUGUGAAAUUUUAAUGAAUGCACGUGCAGAAAACAAGACGCGCUGAGUCUUUUACUACCCUCUGCUUAACCCUUGGACUCCUAAGAAUGACUAACAUCCAAUUUCUCCUUACAAUAUCACCCCUGAGUCAAACAUGAAGGUCACGAGAAUAAAGGAAAUGAUCACCAACUCAGGAAGCUCAUAAAUGUUAAACCAAUUCUUCUUGUCAGAACCUUAGGAAAUGUAUAGAGAAACAGUAUGGAGAAUAUGCAUAUUGAUGAUUGGAUAUAAAGAGAAGGAUACCGUAAAUGUCUUGGUGUAGUACUGGGUUUGAGGUUUUCUCGUUCCUCGAGCAGCUACUCGGUGGAGAUCACGUUUGUCGUUGAUUAUUCAGGAGAAAUAGUAUAGUUCGUUCUAGCAUCUUUCGUUGCUACUUGUGUCGUAUUUAGGAUGGUUGUUGGUGGCUAGCUUUUGUGAAAGGAAUGAAAGCUUUCUUGUUGUUCUGAAUCAUACUUUUGAAAAUGUUCCUCGACCCCCUUUCUCUUUCAUAUAAAUUCAGAGAUCUCUUUUCUUUAGCCUAGAUUGACCUUAAGCUUUCCCUUGGUUCAUUUCCAGAUUGCGGAACAUCCGUUGGUCCAUGUACUUCUGUUUGUUCCUGUUUUCGUCAUGGCUCAUUAUCAAGAGGUUCCCGGCCGCACAGACUGCUUGGGCCCAGUGCUUAUCCGGUGUUCACAAGCUGGCGAUGGCUCUGGAACCGUUCAAGCUCUCUAACUGAAUGUCCCCACGUGUAGCUUGAAGUAAUGUAAAGCACUUGAAAUUCAAGCAGGAUAAUUGUUGUGCCUUUUCAUGAAUGUUUCAUGAUAUAGGGCUUUGUAGGCCAUAUAUCGCACAACGUAAUGUACGUUUCCCCGAGAAAAAAAAAAUUUAGUGUUUAGAUAACUUCUGAAAUUUAAAAUCUAAAAUUGACUUGUACUUAUUUAAGAGUUCGUGGUAGAUAGAUUCGUUAAGUUGCUGAUUGUUAUCACAGGGCUGAACGUCCUUUGCUAGGUACGACUCUUGUAAAAUUGAUUCUACAAUAGAUCUUAGAAAUGGUAUGUUAAGACUGAGGAUAAUUUUGUGUAGUGGGACUGCAUUGGGAUCGAAUGAUUCUGGUACACAUGUCAUGAAUUCCUCUUGACUCUGACAGGGCUUUUUCAGGAAGAUAAUAGUGAUUUGAAUUGUAAUUGUAUUGUAGGUAUUUAACACGUAUAAUUAACAUUAUGAAAAUCGACGUAUUUUUGUGAUUACUGAAAUAAGAUAUGUGAAUUAUUUUUGCCAUAAAAUGUAACGAGAUCGAUAAUUCUCACAACACGUGGCCCGUACGUAGUUAUAAGUUUUGCCUUAUGUAGAACUCUUGUUCUAGAACAAACAGGUUUAUUUCUGUAAAGGAGGUUUUCAUGUCUCAACAACUGUAUCACAUAUUGCCUAAUCAGUAGGCAUUUAAAGUCGAUUUAAAGGUCAUCGACUCUCCGAGGGUUUUCAAAUUACUGUUAAGAGAACAAACACACAAUUGAAAACUGACCGCGUAAUGCUGGUUACGUGGUAACCAAUGCUUGGAAAGAAAUAGUUGUCUCUUCGAUUUAAAAAAUAGAGUGUGAACUUAAAAGAGUAAAUAAAUAUCACUUAGGACAAAUAGUUACGUUAUCAUAUUCCAGGCGUGUGAGUCACGGAAAGACUCGAGCCAUAAGUGAAAAUUACCAAUUACCUUCGGGAAAAAAAGGCUCUUAUUUCCAACAAUCUUUGAAAAAAAGAAGCUCUUAUUACCAAUUACCUUUAAAAAGAAAAAGCUCUUAUUAAAUAACAAAAAAACUACAAUUUCCUCGAUUGUGAUUGGUUUGAUGCCAUUAAUUCACUUGCCAAUUUGAUAUCGGACAGUUCGAUAAGCCAAUCACAUUUAAAGUUAUAAUUUUAGCCAAAAAAUCACAUUUGUGGUUUAAAUCAACCAAUCGCAAUUUAGGCCUUCAAUUUUAGACUUCACGGUUGUUCGAUUUUGUUAUCAUUCGUAUGAUUACAGACCGAAUUGGACUCCACUCAGUCCUAUUACCAUUACAUAUUGGAUGGAAAACAAAAAAACGUGCGAAAGGCCACAUUCAUUACUUUAAAACAGAAUGACUGCUAUUAACUAGACUGUUAUCUACAUCCAGUGCUACAUGCGUCAGUAUUUCGAAAAAUAGGUAACUGUUCUUUUUAUCUAGUCUGUCACGCUUACGUCACUGUUCGACAUUAAUGGUUAUGAUUGAGCAC